GUGCUAGCAGUAACCAGACAACCAGAUCGUGAUGAGGUGGAAGAAGUGACUGUGAUGGCAGAUUUGUCGUUGUAUUUAACUAAUGUCAAUGUUUCACUGGGACAAACUAUGGAAAAUGAUAAGAGGACAGGAGCGGCGACAGACUUUGAGACGGUGGAAAUGGGUGACUCUGAGGGGAGGCAUGGGAGGGUGAAGGUUCCCCGCAGGACCAUCUUCUUUGCCAGUGGAGAGACCAUGGAGGAGUACAGCACCGAUGAAGAGGAGGAAGUGGAGGAGCCUGUCAAGAGAGAUGUCAUCACUGUAGAUCAGUCCAAACUGACCUGGGGUCCAUAUUUCUGGUUCCACAUGUGGAGAAUGGGCACCUCCACUAUCUCAGUGUGUGACUACAUGGGAGAGAAACUGGCCUCUCUGUUCGGCAUCACUACUCCUAAAUACCAGUAUGCUAUCGAUGAAUACUAUCGUAUAAAAAAAGAGGAGGAGGAGGAAGAGGAGGAGAACCAUCUGGCUGAGACGGCGGAGCGAAGGUUUGCGGAGCAAAGAAGAGGUGAGCAGGAUGAUCCUCGCGAUGAUCCUCAUCCUGCUACUGUGGAGCAGCCAGAAGCGUCUGGAGCCUCCUUUGUAAACAUUAGCUUUGAGCUCAAACCUGAACCUCCUCUCCACACUGCAGACACCAACAGAGUCCCUUCUUCCCUCCCUUCCUGAAAACUGAUACUCGCAGACAAACCACUAAUAGGCACACAUUUUGAUCCAUUGGCAAAACCUUAAAUUAACUAAGCUGCGUAGAUUAAUGAUACUCUUAUUUUUCUAUGCUUUUAUUUUAAAAAGAGAUCUUAGUAUACAGUGCAGGGACAAACUUAAAGGGCUGUGGAAGUGACUGCGUUUGCCUUAUCUGUGAAUGUAAAUGUGUGUAUAGUUUAAAAUAAUAUGCAAGACCGAGAGAGACUCAUUUAACUAUUUGUUGACCAGAAUGGGACUGGGCUCAACUCCCUUUGAAUUGGAAUCAGUUGAAAGUAAAAUAAAUGCUGGGUGUUAAUCUUAUUGAGACAUAGUCAGUUUCGAUUUCACCACGAUAUCCAAGUAUCUGUGCUUGAUCUUGGUACAGUACUUGGGUCUGUAUUGUAUCACAGUCUUCUAUAGUGCAAGUGAAUGAGCUCACAGCUAUCAGCUGUCCUCUAUCAGCCAUAGUACUACAGGUCAUUGUGCAUAGCGUAUUGAUAGACUUGAAAAACCUCCUGUGCACGACAGUGUCUUUUAAGAUGAAGUUUGCUACAUCACAGCACCGCUCGGAUGUUGUUGUGCAGGUUGAUUUAUGCAAAUGAAAUUUAAAGCCGGGCAAGAAGCAGCAGUUGGUUGUUCAAAUUGACUUCACUACUAACCUCAAAGAAAAUAAUCUGCUUUCUUUCUUAAAUCGGUUGACUAACAGAAACAACUUGUAGUGCAAAUUGUUAUCUGUAGGAAAUGCCCAAAGUGCAAAUUGUUAGCCAAUUUGGAUUAAAUAAUAAUUUAAAUCUUUUACAAUCUGCUAGUGCACAAAUGUAUUGGUGACUAAAGGCAUGAAAAGUUGCACACGUACAGUGCUACUGUCUCCAUGUGUGUGUUGAGGGUUCAUUCUUCAAGUGUCCUUUUGGAAGCGUUUGAUAUGAGUGUUUAGCUGCGCAGCAGGCGUUCUGCAGAGACUGAGCUAUCAUAAGCUUCUUAGUGAUUAUUUGUAUCCACUGACAUGGUUGUGUGGUGACAGGCCUCAAAUCUCAGAGCAGCCGUGUUUAGACAGGAGCGGCGCAGAUGCAGAGAAAUGACAAACACCUCUUUGGAAAAUGAGAUUUUUUAAAUGGGCUUUAAAGAUGUAAUGAAAGUGAAAUCCCAACAAAUCCGACUAUAAGUAUGUUAAUAACACUUGGUGGUCUUUUACUAGUCAAAGGAUCUGAUUUACGCUUUUUUAUUUGUAAAGGGACAAUAUAUGCAAAUGUUAUUUUAACAAACC